GCGGAUGAGGCGUUGCGCCGGCAGCUGGUUCCUGUUGUCGUAUUGGGCCUGCCGAGCCGGGCUGUCAUGGAAGCCAGGAAGAUGAACCUGCCGCGAGGCCCCGAGAACCUCUGCUUUGACAAGGACGAGUUCAUGAAGCCGGAUUUUGACGUCGAUCACUUUGUAUCCGAGUGUAGGAAGCGCGUGCAGUUGGAGGAGCUCAGGGAGGAUCUGGAGCUCUAUUACAAACUCCUUAAGACGGCCAUGGUAGAGCUCAUAAAUAAGGACUAUGCGGACUUUGUUAAUCUCUCAACGAACCUGGUUGGUAUGGACAAGGCCCUCAAUCAGCUUUCAGUACCCUUGGGACAGUUAAGAGAAGAAGUUAUGAGUCUAAGGUCAUGUGUCAGUGAGGGAAUUCAAGCAAUAGAUGAUCGUCUGUCCAAACAGGAAGAUAUCAGGAAAAAAAAGGUGUGUGUCCUGAGGCUUAUCCAUGUUAUUCAGUCAGUUGAGAAAAUUGAGAAAAUUCUACAUUCCCAAGGCACUAAUGAGUUAUCCACUUUAGAAGGAAACAGCCCGCUUUUAACUGGACAGGUUUUAGAGAGAAUUGCCACAGAGUUUAAUCAACUACAAUUUCAUGCAGUACAAAGCAAAGGAAUGCCCCUUCUGGACAAAGUGAGACCACGUAUAGCUGGAAUAACAGCUAUGUUGCAGCAGUCUCUGGAAGGACUACUCUUGGAGGGACUUCAGACUUCAAAUGUUGACAUAAUACGUCACUGUCUUCGCACUUAUGCAACAAUUGACAAAACACGAGAUGCAGAGGCAUUAGUUGGUCAAGUGCUUGUAAAACCUUACAUGGACGAGGUGAUUGUGGAGCAGUAUGUUCAAGCUCAUCCUAACGGCCUUCAGGCCAUGUACAAUAAACUGCUGGAGUUUGUUCCUCACCACUGCCGUCUCUUGCGUGAAGUUACAGGGGGAGCUAUUUCAAGUGAAAAAGCAGAUAUUGUUCCUGGAUAUGAUUUCUUAGUGAACUCAGUGUGGCCAGAAAUAGUACGUGGUUUAGAAGAAAAAUUGCCAUCACUAUUUAACCCUGGAAACCCAGAUGUGUUUCAUGAGAAGUACACUACCAGCAUGGAUUUUGUACGGAAGUUUGAACGGCAGUGUGGCUCACAGGCCAGUGUGAAACGGUUGAGAUCUCAUCCCUCCUACCACAGCUUUAACAACAAAUGGAACUUGCCUGUUUAUUUUCAGAUAAGAUUUAGAGAAAUAGCAGGGGCCUUAGAAACUGCACUUUCAGAUUCCCUGGAGGAAGCACCAGAGGGCAGCUCGUAUUGUCUUUUGGCUACUCACAUGGUCUGGAUGAGUCUUUUGAAGUGUUGGUCGGAUCAAAUGUUUUUACCAUUGUUAGCACACCGUCUGUGGAAACUUAGUCUGCAAAUUUUGGCACGUUACUCUGUGUUCAUUAAUGAGGUUUCUGUAAGGCCCAUUUCCAGUGAGAAUACAAAAGAAAGCAAAAAAUUAAUGCCAGCUGGUAGAAGGGAAACUUCUGUAAACCUCAGCUCUAAUGAGGACCAAGGGAAUGGAUCUUCCCCAGAAAGUCAGCCUUUGCCUUCCAUAUCAAGUACUCAGUUGGUGCAUGUUGCUGCAGAUCUGGAUAAACUCCAGGAAAAGAUUCCUGACAUCUUAGAAAUGAUUAAACCAAAACUUGAGAUGAUUGGCUUCAAGAAUUUGUCUUGUAUUGAAGGAGCCUUGGAAGACUCAAAGACUUCCUUAUCAGCCUGCAUACCUACGUUGAAUAGCAGGAUUAUCCAGGAUCUCAGCGAGUCCUCUUUCACUUACCUGAAGAGUGCACUGGAAAUUCCAAGAUUAUAUAGGAGAACCAAUAAGGAAGUGCCAACUAAAGCUUCAUCUUAUGUUGAUAGUGCUCUUAAGCCCUUCUACCGACUGCAGAAUGAGUACAGAAAUGUACUGAAACAGCCUAUGAUCCAUCAGUGGUUGGAAGGUGCCCUCUCUGAAAGCACACAAAGGUAUUAUGAAACUGUAUCAGAUGUUCUGAGCUCCGUUAAGAAAAUGGAAGAGAGCUUAAAAAGGUUGAAGCAGGCCAGGAGGACUGCAGCUUUGAACCCUGUUGGUACAAAUGGGGGCAUGAGUGAUGAUGAUAAAAUCCGACUGCAGCUGGCUCUAGAUGUCGAGUAUUUUGGAGAGCAAAUACGAAAGAUGGGACUGGAAACAAACAACAUAAAAAGCUUUUCAGCCCUUACAGAGCUUGUUCUAACUGCCAAGGAUCAGGCUACAGUGGAACAAUCCUAAGUGGUUUUGAAAACGUGAUUGACGAUGAAGGAGAACUAUUUGUUAUUUUCCCAAAUAAGUAGCAAUGAAGUGCUUCCUGCUGCAUCUCAAGCAACAAAUCGGUGCAUCUUCUGUUUGUUUCACCAAAAGAUUGAGAGUUUACCAAUAGUUUUCCAUUAUAUGGAAAGCAAUCAUAAGUUCUAAACUUCUUACUGCAGAAGUGGGAAGUGGAAGAAAAUGUUUCCAUUAUUUUUCUUGUAAAUGUUAUUAUGUAGAAGAAUGAACAUAUAUGAUGAAAAUAGUAUGUAAUAAAUUGUCUUCCUAA